AUGUCUGAACAAGCAACUACGCAGGCCAGCUAUAGUAUCCUUCCCACUCCCGAUGAAGUGACUAGUAGAUCCAAAUCAAACAUGGACGAGAAUCCCGUAUGCAUUGUUGGAAUAGGUUGCCAUCUUCCGGGGGGCAUUCGAUCGCCUUCCGAUCUCUGGAAUUUCCUCUCCAAGAAACAGAGUGCUCAAUCGGUUGUCCCAAGCAACCGUUUCUAUGUAAAAGGUUUCUAUCAUUCAGAUGGCAAUAGAGCCGGAACGAUGAAUGCAAAUGGAGGUUAUUUCAUCCAUGAAGAUACCCGCCUCUUCGAGAACACCUUUUUUGGCAUUAACAAUAUAGAGGCGGCUUAUAUGGAUCCUCAGCAACGAAAGCUUCUUGAGGUGGUGUUUGAGUGUCUAGAGAACUCUGGGGAAACACUCCAAGGGAUCUCCGGUACUAAUACUGGAGUGUACGUGGGCAGCUUCACAGUGGACCACCAGACUAUGCAAACGCGAGAUCCAGAUACUAUCCACAGAUAUAGCGCAACAGGAAGCGGCACAACGAUUCUAGCGAAUCGAAUUAGUCACGUAUUCAAUCUCCAGGGGCCAAGCUUCACCUUGGACACGGCAUGUUCAUCUUCGAUAUACUGUCUAGAUAGUGCCGUCAAUGCCCUCAAGCGCGGUGACUGUGACGGUGCCAUUGUCGCGGCUGCGAACUUGAUCGCCGCUCCAGAGCAAUGCCUUGCGACCAUGAAAACGGGCGUUUUGUCACCUACUUCUACGUGCCACACAUUUGAUGCUUCAGCGGACGGCUAUGGACGGGCUGAUGGUGUAAAUGCUAUCUAUUUAAAACGUCUGUCUUCGGCGACGAGAGAUAAAAAUAAGAUCUGGGCGGUCAUCCGUGCGACUGCUGUAAACUCGAAUGGCAGGACUCCUGGUAUUGCUCAACCAAGUGCCGAGUUGCAGGAGGCCGUGAUUAGGAAAGCCUACAGCAGCGCUGGCUUACUAUUCGCUGAUACGGAUUACGUUGAGUGUCACGGCACCGGGACUCCCGUUGGAGAUCCCAUUGAAGUGGACGCAAUCGCGCGAUGUUUCUCACGAUCCAGAGAAUUUCCUCUGCUUAUUGGAGCCGUGAAAUCAAAUUUAGGACACAGCGAAGCAGCCAGUGGACUCACCUCACUUAUCAAAAUCGCCUUGGCUUUUGAGCAUGGCAGGAUCCCACCUACGCGUGGUGUAGUGAGACUGAAUCCCAAUUUGCGGCUUGAAUCUUCGAACAUGAGAAUAGUGACAGAGAUGGAAGAAUGGCCUAGAGCCACACGUAGGGCAAGUAUCAACUCCUUUGGAUACGGAGGCGCAAAUGCACAUGCUAUUCUUGAGGCAUUUGACACUUACCUUACAGUUCCUGAUUGUUUACCAGAACAGGAUAACUACGCGGCAAUUGCUAGUCAACAGCUUAUCAUACCUGUCUCAGCUUCCUCGGGGAAAUCGCUCGAGUCCCGUAUCCAGCAGAUAUCCGAGGUGAUUCCAAACUAUGGCUGGAACACACUACAAAGCCUCGCAUAUACUCUUAGCACGCGCAGAUCCAAGUUAAAAUACAGACAGCUAUUAUUAAUUAAGCCUAGCGAGGAUGGGAGACCUAGUCUGUCGCGUAUCAAGUCGGAAAACAAUACCGAUGAAAGUGCUCAAGACCCUUUGCCUUGCACCUUCAUAUUCACGGGUCAAGGGGCUCACUAUGCCGGUAUGGCUAGAGAGCUUCUUGAGCGGAGUGGUGAUUUUCUGGCCACUAUUCGGGAACUGGAUCGCACUCUACAGGUCAUUGCACCAGACAAGGCACCAACCUGGUGUAUAGAACGGUCCAUUGCUGAACACGCAGCGACGAGUCCAAGCCACGGCGCCACACUUAGCCAGACAAUCUGCACCGCUAUACAGAUCGCUAUCGUCAAUAUUCUUCACAGCUGGAAUAUCAAUCCUGUUGCUGUUAUCGGCCAUUCGUCUGGAGAGAUUGCUGCUGCUUAUAGUGCAGGCCUGAUCAGCCAAAGUCAGGCUAUACUGACGGCAUACUUCAGAGGUUACGCAGUUGAUCAGUUACAUAAGACAGGAUUAAUGAUGGCUGUUGGUAUCGAUAUUAAGACUGCCAAAAACCUUAUCCAGCAACAUGGCCUCAACGAUCAUGUCUGCGUUGCAUGUGUUAACGCGCCAGAGAGUUUAACACUCAGUGGAACAACCGAAGGAAUCAAGGUUCUACAGCAGCAUAUGCAGGAGCAGAACAAGUUCUGUCGGAUUCUGCUAACUGAUGGGCUUGCCUAUCAUUCUCACAUGAUAAUAGGAGUUGGCGAAGCCUACGAGGAAGCGUUGCGUCCGAUAUAUAAGGAUCACCAAAAUAGUGGCUCGACUCAAGGGGUAGCUCAGAUGUAUUCCUCGGUAGGGAAUUUCGGCGAUGCAUUGAUAACACCAGAUACAAGCACAGACUGGGCUAGAUAUUGGCGAGAAAACCUCGAAAAGCCUGUCCAAUUUGACUCUGCCUUGAGAAGCCUAGUAGCUUCUACGGAUCUCCAGCUCAUAGAAGUAGGCCCACAUCCGGCUUUGAAAGGACCGGUGAAUCAAAUCCGAGCGAGCAUGAUGGACAAUGCUGAUCUUUUCCGCUAUGCUCCGACCUUGAUCCGCGAUCGAGACGCGGACUUAUGCAUGAAGGAAUUGGCCGGUACGCUGUUCAUGCAUGGUCACAAUCUCAACUGGGAGAAGGUCAACUUUAUCGACCCAAGCAACCAAGUUCUCCUCUACAAUCUUCCUCCCUAUCCCUGGGACUACAGCAGCACAAAGUUACUCUAUCACGAGUCACGUCCGAGUCAUGAGCUACGCAAUCGCAAACAUGUGCGCCACGAACUGUUGGGAUCGCAGCAGUACGCUGGUAAUGGCAUUGACUGGAACUGGCGCAAUCAUAGCGUGCGUCUCAAAGAGAUGCCCUGGAUGCGAGACCAUACCGUUAGUGGCCAGGUAGUUUUCCCAGCCGCUGGCUAUCUUGCCAUGGUCAUGGAAGGACUCAAUCAGAUCCAAGACGAUAAAGAGCCGUCGUAUCCACCCCUUUCUGCCUUCGAGUUCCGUAGUGUAAGUUUCAACACUGCGCUUAUAAUCGAUGAUCAGGACGGCCUCUUAGCGGAAGAUACCGAACUGCACACUACCCUAUCGCCACGAAGAAUCUCUACGACGAGUACUUCUUCCUAUUGGUAUGACUUCUCCAUCUCGUCGUACAAGUCUGGUAAAUCAACUAUCCACUGCGUAGGCAGUGUUCGGGAAGUAGACGGCUCGGAGCUUGAUCAAAGCGUCACCAUUGCCCAAACAGAACGAUUCGAGAGAGUUCCUACAGACCGCUGGUACAAUAAAUUCGCGCUGGAAGGCCUGGACUUUGGUAAAGCCUUCCGUUCGGUUCCUUUCAUCGAUAAAGAUAAGAACAGGGAGCGAACAGAGGCCGUAGGUAUCAUUCGCAUGAGACCUCCGGCUUCCGAGAGCGAAGGAACAUUCUACCCCGUUCAUCCCAUUACCAUCGACGCAUGUCUGCAAGUAGGUAUCAUGAGCACAUGUGCAGGUAAUGUGAGCGAGCUCCAGGCAUACCUCCCAGUAUUCAUCAAGGAAUGUCGAAUUGACACCUCGUCUCUCCCCGAGUCUGUGGACUUGGACGCCAAAGUUCAUGUGCAAUCUAAAAGGACUGGUGUAUCCACUCAGAGGAUAUCCUGCACCCUUCGAGACUCGGCAAACAAAGCAGUGAUUCACAUGGAAGAUGUACGGAUGUCUUUGUAUUUGGGAAAUAUCUCCAGGGAUUCAGCAAACCUGGGAGGAAGUCCGGACGGUCAACGCCACCCAUGCCUGUGUGUCAACUGGAAACCCGACAUUCAAUGUCUGCAGCCUGGGUCUGAGGCUCCAUUGCGGGACUACAUUGCCUCUUUUAUUAAACAACAGGAUGCAGACCUUGUAGAUGACGAGAACGUCGCGGCUAUCGGCUCAUUGCUCGACCUGGCUGGUCAUAAGAAGCCACAGAUGCGCGUUCUCGAGCUCGGAGAAAGCUGUAACUGUAAAUCCAGCCGGUGGUCGACGUUUCUGAAUAGAAAUACUCCAUUCCCACGCUGCGGGAUGUGGCGGACCGCUCGUAUUGUGGACGACGGAAAAUUGUCAGUCGACGAUGAGGACGAUGGCCCAUUUGAUGUCAUCAUUAUCACAGGGCUGAGCACUUCGGAAAAGUGCUGGAGAUCCUGUUCCAAGUCAAUUAUGUCUGUUCUUUCCAGUGAUGGUAUUAUCAUAACUCGUCAGACACGUGCAGCUCAGACGUCUUUGGAAGCGGCAGGCUUGUGGCUGGCUGAAGUUGACAAAAGGACCCUUUUAUCUAGACGCUUAUCUGAUAUUGAAGUUCUCAGAAACAAGACAAUUUUCAUUCUGGUUCAUAAUCCUUCUACGACUCUCUCAGAGUUCGCAUCAUUCCUGUCGGUGCAGCUUCAACAAACAAUUGCUGAUUCUGAAGUAAAGAUAAUUUCAAUUUGCAAUGUCCAACAGGCAGCGUGCUCCCAAAACUCAGUGUUCAUCUCCUUGCUUGAAAUGGAGGUUCCUUACCUGGCAACCAUGGGCCAGCCAGAGAUAGACCUCCUUCGCAACAUUAGCAACGUAACAACUCAUCUCCUCUGGGUCACCGGCGCCGGCAUGCUAAGUGAAGUAAACUCCAAGCCUGACCUGACUCUUUCCAGUGGGCUAUCACGGGCUUUAAUGCUGGAACAACCCUCAUUGCGCUUCGCGGUCCUAGACGUCGGGUCCGAAGCCUUCCAAGCGCCCACUGUACAACUGACGUGCAACAACAUUAUUCGUACCCUAAUUCCUGCAGACGAGUCGGAUGAUAAGGAAUACGCCCAACUGCACGGUAUGCUUUAUAUUAGUCGCUUUGGACCUGCGUCCGACCUUAAUUUUCUGUUUCAAAACCGGAUCCAGUCGAAAGACCGCUUCGAGAGCAUCCCACUCGGCGAAGCGAAACCAGCUCGGCUAUCCAUUGGGAAAGUCGGUGUCAUGGAUACUAUCCAUUUCCAACAAGUAAGGGAGCCAUCAAGCGACCCACCCUCCGGCUUCGCAGAUAUUGAGAUGCAAGUCAUGAGUUUGAACGCCAAGGAUGUGUACGCCCUUAACGGACGGGUCGAGACUCGGAAGGGGACUACUGCCAUGGAAUUCGGUGGAGUGGUCACAGCGAUAGGCCCCGGAGUUCCAGAUACUCAGCUGAAGAUCGGCGAUAGAGUCAUCGUCGUCAUCCCGAACCAUUUCACCACGACGGUACGGGUGCCUGUCUGGGCGGCCCAUCGGAUCCAUUCGGAUGAGGACCUGACUAUCAUGUCGGGCCUCCCUGUAGCUUAUAGUACUGCACUAUAUGCAUUAAAUGAUCGCGCCAAUCUUCGGUCUGGCGAGUCAAUCAUGAUCCAUUCUGGAACUGGCGCGCUUGGCAUAGCAGCUAUUGUUAUCGCCCAACGCAUUGGCGCCACUGUUUACACCACGGUCGGCUCGUCUGCGAAGAGAGACUGGAUAAUCAAUAACCUGGGCUUACCAGCUUCAAAUAUCUUUAGCUCCCGCGAUGCUAACGAUUUCGUUGCCGGCGUGAGAAAAGUAACGCGAGGGCGUGGGGUUGACGUGGUUGUCAACUCUCUUACAGGCGACCUUAUGCACGACAGCUGGGAUUGUCUGGCUCAGUUCGGCCGCUUCGUCGAAGUUGGCAAGCGGGAACUAGUCGAUGCCGGCAAAUUAGAUAUGUCUGUCUUCCUAAGGAACGCGACUUUCACUGCCUUCGAUCUGAGCGAGUUGUAUUUUCACAAGGACCAGUUCUAUCGCGAGCUGCUCGUCACUAAAAUAAGGGAGGUGCUUGACUUGUUCCGCGCGAAGGAGAUCAAGCCACUUCCCACCAAAUGCUUCGAUAUAUCGGAGAUCACUAGUGCAUAUCGCUACUUUUCGAAAAGAGAUAGGGUGGGUAAAGUGGUCAUCUCAUUACAGGAUCCAGGGAGUUCCAUUCCAGUAUCACCAGCGAAGUAUCUCACUGUUCUCUAUCCGGGGAAGGUCUAUCUUCUCGUAGGAUGCCUGGGCGGCCUCGGACGUAGCUUAAGUCGCUGGUUGCUAUCCCGUGGCGCACGCAACUUUGUCUUUCUUAGUCGAUCGGGCGACGACAAGCCAGCCGCGAAGGCGCUCAUAUCCCAGCUUCAAGAAGCCGGCGCCAACGUCAGCACCAUACGCGGAGACGUGUGUCUCUCCGACGACGUGGGCCAUGCCGUACGGUGCUGCGUCGACACGGGCUUGCCAAUCGGCGGCGUCAUACAGGCGUCGAUGGGCCUCUCCGAAAGCCUGUUCUCGCGCAUGAGCGGCGAAGCCUGGCAGAAGGCCGUCGGACCGAAGUGGGCAGGAACACGGAAUUUGGAUUUUGCCAUCCGCGGCGUCGACGAUCAGCUCGAUUUCUUUCUGCUCAUGUCGUCGAUAUCAGGGACCGUGGGCACGGCAACAGAAAGCAAUUAUUGCGCGGCGAACAGCUUUCUCGACGCUUUCGCGCGCAAGGGCCGGCGAGAAGGGCGCCCGAAUAUCUCGCUCGGGCUGGGCAUGGUGUCCGAAGUAGGAUAUUUGCACGAGAACCCCGAGAUCGAGGCGCUGUUGCUACGUAGGGGAAUUCAACCUCUCAAUGAAGAGGAGUUCUUGCAGAUGGUUGACUUUUCUUUGAUAUCUGCUAAAAGCAUAUCUACCCCUUCCACGUCUUUCUUUUCAUCGUCCCCUUCGCAUAUCCUGACUGGUCUCGAACCUCUCAGACUUCGACAGUUAAGAAGCCAGGGUUUCGACGUGAGCCACAGCGCCACUCAGGAUCCGCGUUCAUCCACCUUAUAUGCAGCCCUUGAAGCCGGCAAGCAAAUCAACAGCGGUGCGACCGAACAACUCCAAAAUACGGCCGUAGCUCCGUGGCUGACGAGUGUCCCAUCAGGCGCUCUGGCAGCGCUUAAGAAACAGGCCGAUGCUCCCACUCUAGAAGUCGCUAUUCUACAAUUAACCAAGAAGUGCUUUUCCAGCUUGAUCCUAUUGCCUACAGAGCUCGUUGACGAUCACAAGGCCAUAAACGAAUAUGGAGUGGACAGUAUGAUUGCGUCUGAGUUCCGCACCUGGCUCUGGAGUGCGUUCAAGGUAGACGUUUCUUUCCUUGACAUUCUCAGCCAGGGGAAGUCGUUGCACGCACUUUCUGGCUUUAUUGCGGAUAAAUUAGCUUCGAGUUAG